UGAUCAUCGAGGCUCAGGCAUCACCAGUGUCUCAGAAGUUACAAAAGGCAGGAGAAGACUCCAUUAGAGUUCACAUUGACGACAACCAUGGAACGCAUUCUUGCUGUUUGGUAUCUACUAGGAACUUGUCUCGGUUCUUUGACUCAAUGCACUAUCCCCACCUCAGAGUUUCGUCUGGAAGGAGAUUACCUGAUAGGUGGACUUUUUGAUAUUCAUCUUUUCAGUGAUCAAGUUCAUCACAUUAGACCAGAAGCCACUAACUGCUCAGAUAAAAAAUUUAUUGAGUCAAGCUACCGGAGAUUUCAGCUGAUGAGAUUUUCUGUAGCACAAAUCAACAACUCGACAGAUCUGCUGCCAGGUGUGUCACUCGGCUAUGAAUUAUUUGACCACUGUUCAGAUGCAGAGAAUUUCCCCAGUAUUUUGAACCUUGUCUCUGUUAAUGGAUUGAUCCAACCUUGGAGUGAACAAACCAGGAAUCUGUCCAAAGUAAUAGCAGUGUUGGGCAUGUAUACAACCACUCCAACAUUGACGGCAGCCCCACUCUUCAUGACGGAUCUCAUUCCAAUGGUCAGUUAUGGGGCUUCUAGUUCUGUCUUAUCAAGAAAACAGAUUUUUCCAUCUCUCCUGCGCACGGUACACCCAAACAAAGACGUCAUAGAAGUGAUUUUUACUAUUUUGAAGCAUUUCGAUUGGCGCUGGGUUUCUUUCCUUUACAGUGAUGAUGAGUAUGGAAAAGAUGGACUGGAAUUGUUUAUAAGGAAGAUAAAGGACGCCAACAUCUGCCUAGCAUACAGCAAAGGCCUUAAUACUGACACAAAUUACUACCCUAUAUUAAAACAAAUAGAGGCGCAGAGGAUACGUAUUAUUAUUGUUUUUGCAGUUGAAUGGUUUGCUGAGGCUGUCAUUGGUUCAGCAAUUAAGCAAAAUAUCACCAACAAGGUGUGGGUAGCAGGGGAUGCAUGGUCCUUAAACAAAAAGCUCCCCAAGAUGAAAGGAAUCAGAAAUAUUGGAACUGUACUUGGAGUUUCUGAGGCAACAAUGACCAUACCUGGUUUCAGUGACUUUAUCUAUGCAACCAAAACAGAGGCUCAUUGUGAAAAUGUAGAAGAAGAGAGGUUUUGUAAUCAGAUUUGCAACUGCAGUAGCCAGACUGCUGAGAAAAUCCUUGCUGCGGACCCAUCUUUCUCUUUUCCCGUUUAUUCUGCUGUAUAUGCCGCCGCCCAUGGCUUACACAACGUCAUGCAAUGUGGAGGUGGCAGAUGCAAUACCAAUAUUACAGUACACCCACACAUGGUUCUAGCAGAGAUGAAGAAGUCAAACUUUACACUUUUGAACCACAGUAUUCAGUUUGAUGAGAACGGUGACCCCAUGUUUGGACCCUACUUAAUAGUAUUUUGGAACGACAGUGGUGAUGCGCAAGAGGUCGGCUUUUAUGAUUUUCCCCCAUCGUUCCGUUUCUCCAUCAAUGACAGCAGCAUUAAAUGGUUCUCAGGUGGUAAUGUGCCUACUUCACGCUGUUCCCCAGAAUGUCCUGUGGGAUACAAGAAAAAACAAGAUGGAAUCCAUGAGUGCUGCUUCACUUGUCACAUCUGUCCAAGCGGAACUUAUAUCAACAGCACAGCGGAUCCCUACACAUGCAUCGAGUGCAAGGAGACAGAAUGGUCUGAAGAUGGAAGUACGUCAUGCAGUCUACGGGUGGUGGAUUACAUACCAUACACAGAUGGUGGUGCCAUAGUGAUCAUGGUCAAUACCGGGGUCUUGGUGGGCCUCACAGUAGCUGUAGCUGUUCUUUUUGCCAUCAACUACAACACACCUGUUGUCAGAUCUGCUGGAGGACCAAUGUGCUUCCUGAUUUUAGGCUGCCUCAGUCUGUGUAGUCUUAGUGUUUUCUUUUACUUUGGUACACCAACAGUUGCCUCUUGUAUCCUUAGAUAUUUGCCAUUUCUUUUGUUCUACACUGUUUGUCUAGCUUGUUUUGUCGUGCGCUCUUUUCAAAUUGUUUGCAUCUUCAAAAUAGCUGCCAAGAUCCCAAAGCUCCAGACUUGGUGGACGAAAUACUACGGACAAUGGCUGAUCAUCACUGUGGCAUUUGUCAUCCAGGCACUCUUGCUUCUUAUUGGCUAUUCCAGUACUCCCAGUAAACCUUACAAUGACACAAUUCUAUACCCAGACAGAAUCAUUCUUGACUGUGACAUGAGUCUCAAAGCCCUCUCAAGUGCUGUGGUAUUACUCACGUUUUUGUGCAGCCUUUGUUUCGUUUUCUCCUACAUGGCCAAAGACCUUCCUAAAAAUUACAAUGAGGCCAAAGCGAUAACCUUCUGCCUCCUCCUGCUGAUUUUUACCUGGAUUGUCUUUGCCACUGUGUACAUCCUUUACCGUGGAAAGUACAUCCAAAUUCUUAAUGCAAUGGCAGUACUCUCCAGCCUCUACUCCUUCCUGUUGUGGUAUUUCCUACCGAAAUGUUACAUCAUUAUUUUUCAACCCCACAAAAACACACAGCAGUACUUCCAAGGUCUCAUUCAGAGUUAUACCAAAACAAUUAGCCAAUAG